AUGCCCAUGAGAUUUUAUGUACCUACUUAUUCAAAUCAAUACACGAAAUAUUUAGGUGCAUUUGUGGAUGAGACACUUAUUGUUGGCGAAGAGACUGAUCUCAAUCAAUGGGUGAAAUCUAAACCAACAAAAUCGAUUCUGUACGCAGCUUUUGGUAGUACUUCGCUGAUUCCUUAUAAUCGAAUGUUGAACUUAAUAAUUGGACUAACAAAUUUUCUCUUACAAACAAAUGAUACUUUUCUUUUGUUAGCACUUCGCAGUGUAAAUUUCAAUACGUAUCAAGCAGUCUUGAAAGAUUUACAUAGCGAUGAAUUGAAAAAUGUUUUGAAUGACAAGCACAGAGUGCGUAUUGAAGAAGGUUUUGUUCAACAGAAAUGGAUUCUACAACAAGAUUCUGUCAAUAUCUUUUUGAGUCAUUGUGGUAUGGGCUCUUUAUUAGAAUCACUUUAUUUUAGUAAACCGAUUGUAUGUAUGCCGUUCAAUAUGGAACAGUUUGCCAAUGCAAUUACUGUAGUAAAUCUGAACGUUGGUAAAUCAUUAUUUAUCCCACCUUCAGCUUGGCAAUCCUUCAUAGAUCCAUACAAUUUCGUUCAGUACACAUUUACAUCUGAUAGUGUUACAAAGAAUAUGAUGGCAUUAUGGAUGAACGAAACACAUGAAAAUGCUGUCAAACUCAUGUCAUUGGAAAUGAAAUAUGCUGGUGGUACUAAACGUGCCGUUCAAGAAAUUGAGUUUUUUGUCGAACUAAACGGUGAUCUUGAUCGUUUUGCAUCAUUUGAAAGUACUUUACUAUUCUAUCAACGAUACAUGCUUGAUCUUCUGUUCGUAUAUAUAAUGCUACCGGGAAUAAUAUUACUCUUUAUGAUUCGUCGAUGUUGUCGACGUUCAACAAAACAAAAACGCGAUUGA